GUCUGUAGGACAUCAUGGAGGCAGGUGUAGUUCUUCUGCUGCUGUUCUCAUUAUUGGGGAUUGCUUCAAGUCUCAGCUUUUAUGGAGACAGCAUAAGUUUUGUGCCUCUGCAGAAGAAAACGGAUGGGACAUUUAAGGUGACCUUUUAUCACAGACAGAAUGGCAGAAGUAACUGUCAAGAUCAGUCAUCCUUCGCAUGUGAGAGUGGUGUAUGUACAAGCUUUGACAAGUCGAGUGUCCUGCAAACAGACCAGGACAACACAGGCCAAGGGCUCUGGUGCCAGUCUGAAGGAAACACAACAGCAACCGUCCUAACAAAUAAAACCUCCUUUUUUCUGAGGGACUCCGGCUGCUGCUGGGUGCCUAAUGUUGAAGGAAAAACCAACUGGACAACACACACUGAACUGGACCUGGGAACUCGAUCUGAUACACACUCCCUCAACAGCUGUCCCGUAACAGCAACAGUAUCUUAUUUGCGGGUGCCUCAGAACUGUUUUUCAAGGAUACAUAUUCUGGCAUAUGAUCCAGAUGGAGAUGAAGUGAAAUGCCGCUUCGCUGCAUCUAAUCCCACAAACUUCACUCUAGAUGAGACUGCAUGCACACUGACAAGUACAGGUGACAUUCAAACUGGAAUCCAUGUUUUUGAGCUGAUGAUAGAGGACUUCUCCACAAAAAACAUCACUUUGACCUACUCAGAUGGAACAUCAGUGUUUCAAAAGGCCUACAACAUGAGCUCACCCCCUCUCUGCAAAGUAAAACUACAGUUCUCUGUGGAGGUCCUUCUGCCAAUACCAAACUGUGACGCCGGUUUUGUCCAGCCCAAAUUCCUGUACAGAACCCCUUUGCAUGGUGAUAUUCUUCAUGCCACUGUGGGUCAGACAUUCCAGCUUUAUGCUCAAGCACAAGCUCAAGAUGCCAGCAUCUUCGACUUCCAGGUCAGUGGUCCCGAGAACAUGACCAAAGUGUUUAAAGAUGAUGCACUGGGGAAAGCAGAAGUCACUCUGAGCUGGACACCACAGUACACUGACCUGUACAGAAGUGUCCCAGUCUGCUUUACUGCAGAGACAAAUCACACCCAAUCAGAGAUGAGGUGUGUUGUUGUCUUGGUGACCCAAGCAUCUACUACACAAGGCAAAGUGACUGUUCAGUGUUCACCCAAUAAGAUGACGGUGGCUGUUGAAAAAGCUUCCAUCGCUGGCAUUGAUGAGAACUUCCUCAAACUGAGCGAUCCGUCAUGCUCUCUGACCUCCAACAGCACUCACAUCAUGGGGGCAAUGUCGUUCAGCACCUGUGGGACAAAAGUUGAGGAGAAAGGCGAUUUUAUCAUUUUCAAGAAUGGGAUCAACUCCUUUGAGCUGGCUAAUGAGGUUAUAACUCGAAGAAGGACAGUUAAGAUCAAUUUCUCGUGCCAGUUUCCCAAAGCCAUCAGCAUCUCCAAUUACUACAAUCUCCAGAAUGCUGACUACAUCUUCACUGAGUCCAGCUUUGGCAGCUUUGGCUACACGUUUGAGAUUUUCCGCAACAGCAACUUUACAAAUAAAGUAGAAGCCAGUGCUUAUCCAGUACAAGUCAAUCUGCUGCAGACUAUUUUCAUGGGCAUUCAUGCUAGUGCAGACUUACCAAAUGUGACUUUGUUUGUUGAAUCAUGCAAAGCCACUCCUGAUAACAACCCUGAAAACACCCUCUCAUACUACAUCAUCAGGAAUGGGUGUCUAGAAGAUAAGACAGUAGUGGUUUACCCAUCUGAUCAAACUAUAUUCAACUUUGGAGUUCAAGCCUUUAAAUUUACUGGAAACUAUGACCAGGUGUACAUCACUUGCUCUGUCAUCCUGUGUGAGUCAGGGAGUCCCUUUUCCAGAUGUGCUCAGGGAUGUCUGAAAGAUCCAUCACGCAGACGCAGGCGAGACCUGAGCAGUGAGACGGUUAGCCACUACAUUACCCAGGGUCCUCUGCAGUUUGUUGGGCAGCCUGUUCCCAGUGCAGCUAAGGACAGUCAAGAUGUUCUGAUGGACAGGAGUGGCAUACCUGCAGCAGUGAGUCCUCAACCAGCUUCUCCAGACACCAAAUCAGCUCUCGAAAGUUGGGAAAUCAAGAACCUCUUCAGCUCCAACAUCUCCACUGUGGUCUUUGCCAGUGCCUUCUUAGUAUCGGUGGUGCUGUUGGCUGUUGUGAUUCAUCACAAGAAGAGAAAACAAAAAGCAGAAGAAUGCAAUGUUCUCAUCGUUUCAGAAUGGGAGAACUAAAUGAAGGUGUCUCCGUUUUCUCACCCUUUUGCUUGUUUUAUUUUCUCAAAUGAUCACUUUCUUCUUUAGUUGGACAUAGUCUGAUCUAGUGAGUAUCUUCUAAAGUUAACAUUGAAUUCAUGUACUCCACUUCCAUGGCCACAGGUGUAUAACAUCAAGCAGAAAGCAAGGACCAUAAAGACAUGUGAGCAAGUUUGGUGUGGAAGAACAUGACUGGUCUGCAGAGACUGCAAGUCAGAGUCAGUCUAACAUCAGUGUCUGAGCUCACAAAUGUGCUUCUGGAAGAAUAGUCAAAAAUUCCAAUAAACACACUCAAAGUUUGUGAAGAGCCUUCCCAGAAAAAUUGAAGUUGUUAUAGCUACAAUGGGUGGAGCAGCUUUAUAUUAAAUCUAUUGAUUAAGAAUGGGAUGUCACCCAAGUUCAUAUGUGCGUGAAGACAGAUGAGCAACUACAGUAUAGGAUAUCUUUGGUGGGAUAGUAACAUGGAGAGGAAAAGGAUUAAUUUAGAAGAUACUCACUUGAUCUGAAUCACACUGCUAAUAUUUUUGGAAUGUGGGCAGGUGGUACAGCCAGAAUGCAGUUUGGAAGGUGGUUUCACCAAGUGGGAGAAACACAGAAAGCUGGUGGAUGGUGGGAUUUGAAAAACACACUUGCUUAACUAUUUUUCAGUGUUUUUGUCUUCUUCUUUUUUUUUCCAAGGAUGAUAAAUCUGUGUUAGUUGUCAUUGUGGUUUAGGACUCCAGGCAAAAUGAUGAGUUCUGACAGAGGUUGCAAGUCAACAUCACUAAUAUCUUUGCACUUAGCAACUCAAAGGCUUUAAAGUAAUAUGAACCAAUACUGAGAUGAAGUCCAUUGUCCACAGGUGUGGAAAAAAACGAUUUUCUUUUCUGACAAAAAACUAUUUAUAACAAUUCAUGACCUACAGUUCAAAGCUCAUCUAACUGGCACCAGGUCAGUGAGAACUUCAAAACAGCAUUUCCUUCAGUUCAGUUUUGCUGGGGGGUUUUUUAAUGCUCCUUAUGUGAUCAGCUUCUAGGAAAUAGGUUCCCAGCAAUUAAACUGCUUGCAUCUCAGUCCUUUGACAACUCAACUAUAUCAAUUUUUGUCCUUUGUAGGAGCUUUGUUCAUACACUUUUAUUUUCUUAAAUUUUCUUUUUACAAACUAUUCUUGGUUUAGGAAGAUAUAGUUUUAGGUUAUCAAUGGUUUUUACUUGUUGUUGUUAUUUUAUUUAGCUUUGAUUCACUUCAAUGUAGACAUAUUUUCCAUAAGUUAAAACACAGAGAGUAAUAUCAGUCUCAGAUUCUGUUUUAAGAGGUGGUGGCCUUACAAAAGUCCAAAAACAUGUAUCCCAAUAGCUUUUUCAAGAAAAUUAUAUACACCAAGGAUGGAGUGGAACUCAACCCCAACAUAUCAAUGUCUGUAAUGUUUUAAACUCUAAUUCUGUAAUUUAAAUGGGAUUUAUUUAAAAUAAAGGAAA